AUGCUGCUCAGGAAUUCCAUUUCCAGCACCAAGAGGUUUAUUAGCAAAACCCUUGGCAACCUGAAGAACCUAUUUUCUGCUGGUAGCUACCAAAAGCUACCCAAGUCCCCUGCCAUCUAUAAUGCCUAUAGUAGUUCCAUGUCUACUAGUACUACUGCUCAUGUUAGUGAUAUGAAUAUUUACGACACAAGCAGUCACAAAGACUUCACAGAUCAAUGGGAUAGCAAGAGACAAAGCAACAACAAGAGAUUAGUUAUUUCCUCGCCUGGCCAGGAAGAUCAUAAAGUGGUUCGAAGGAGAGAUCAUGAGGCAUGUGAUCUGAAUAAUAACAAGGUCAUGCCAAAGAGAGUGGCGGAAAGUAGAACUAUGGUUUCCAAAGAAUUGAAGGAGCUGAAAAGGGUUUGUUUGGUGGCUGAGAAGCUGAAGGAGUUGGAGAUGUUGGAUAUAAGCAAUGUGGAUCAUGUUCUGGAUGUACAAGAAGUCUUUCAUUACUAUUCUCGCCUCACUUGCCCUGCCUAUCUUGAAAUUGUGGACAGGUUUUUCAUGGAAAUGUGUACUGAAUUCUUCGGUCCAGCAUCAACUGCAGGAGGAAGCAAGAAAUCGAGGCAGAGGACUUCUUUUAGAGUAUAA